AUGGAAGACCGCGCACGACCGUUCUAUCUCUUCCACUUGGAAUGGAGGCAAGAAAUCCAGGAGAUGGUAUCUCAGAAUCAAGAGGGCUCUGGAAUCGACAUGGAUGCUCUCAAAGACAUCUCUUACAUCAACGUCCGGACUACUUGGGAGGGAUAUGGAAUAUGGGACGAUGCACGAUGGAAGCACUUGCCAGGCAUGCGGUGGAGAUUAUAG